AAGGAUAAGAAAAUUCGAAGAAGGAGAAAAGAAUGAGGGAAUGACCCAUUAUACUCUGCAUCAACAACGUUCUUCCCUUCUACCUUUUCGCUCUUGGUAUCCCUCCCUCCCUCAGUUCUUCCCUCAAGGUAUUGGGUAUUUGCAGGUCAAAGGUAUUCAACCACUUUUUCUUUAUUUAUCUUGUGUUUGAUUUUUUAUUUUGUAAUUAGAUCAAAGCGAGAUAUAGAAAAAAGAUGCAACACAAUCUGUUCACAACGAUUCGUAGUUUGAAGAUUGUGGAUGGUUGCAAGGGUACACAAGUUUAUGCCCUAAAUCCAUCUGCAAAUGCCGCCGGAAUUGGUGGAUGUGGUGGUGGAGAUAAGCUUCAUGACCAUCUUAAAGCAAGCUCUAUUCGUAGUAAAUCUAUGCAUAACAGCUCCAUAAACGAAAUCCUUCUUCCUUAUGGGCUUCCUGUGACUGACUUCCUUGAGCCCCCCAUUGAACCAUAUCUCAAAUCUGUGAAUUUCGUUGACACCCUUUCCGAUGUCUAUCGUCGCCUUGAGGGUUCUCCUCCUCUUGACAAAUCGACAGUCUACCUUGAACAAAGCUCCAUUUUUCGUUGUCUGUCGGACCCAAAACUGCUCCGUCGGAGUCUGCGUUCUGCACGUCAACAUGCGGUUGACGUUCAUUCCAAAGUGGUGCUCUCUGCGUGGCUAAGGUUUGAAAGGAGAGAGGAUGAACUCCAUGGGUCAUCUUCCAUGGAUUGUAGCGGACGCAAUAUUGAAUGUCCUAAGGCCACUCUGGUUUCUGGGUACUAUCCAGAUUCGGUCUCUGACCCUUGUUUGUGUCGUUGGAGCUCUCCGGAAGAUGCCGAUGUCGGAAUUUCGAUGGAGCAGGAAGAAUGUUCGACUUCCGAUGAAGAUGGGGACAUCUCAUUCUGCAUUGUUGAUGAAGAGGUUAGAUGUGUUCGAUACAACAUUGCCUCUCUUUCGAGACCAUUCAUGACAAUGCUUUAUGGUAGUUUUACAGAGUCACGGAGAGAGAAGAUUAAUUUCACACACAAUGAGAUAUCAAUAAAGGGAAUGCAAGCUGUCGAGGUUUACAGCAGGACAAGGAAAUUAGAUUGGUUUCCUCCGGAUAUUGUAUUGGAGCUGCUUAGUUUUGCAAACAAGUUCUGUUGUGAGGAAAUGAAGUCUGCUUGUGAUGCCAAAUUGGCAUCACUGGUUUCUAAUCUUGAUGAUGCCUUAAUAUUGAUUGAUUAUGGGUUAGAAGAGAUGGCGUAUCUUCUGGUUGCUUCUUGCCUGCAGGUCAUACUGAGGGAGCUACCAAAGGCUUUGUACAAUCCUAAUGUGAUGAGAUUGUUUUGUGGUUGGGAGGCUAGGGAGAGAUUGGCCAUGGUGGGGCAUGCUUCAUUUCUGUUGUAUUACUUCUUGAGCCAGGUGGCUAUGGAGAAUGACAUGAAAUCAAACACAACCGUGAUGUUGUCGGAGAGGAUGGGAGAAUGUGCAGUGUUGGGGUGGCAGAAGCAGCUUGCAUUGCACCAACUGGGAUGUGUGAUGCUUGAGAGAAAAGAGUAUAAGGAUGCCCAGAAAUGGUUUGAGGCAGCCACAGAGGCCGGUCAUGUAUAUUCAUUGGCGGGUAUUGCAAGGACCAAAUACAAACGGGGACACACAUAUUCAGCAUUCAAGUUGAUGAACUCCCUCAUCUCAGAGUAUAAACCAGUUGGAUGGAUGUACCAAGAGCGAUCUUUGUAUUGUAUUGGGAAAGAGAGAAUGAUGGAUUUGCAAACUGCAACAGAGUUGGACCCUACACUUUCGUUUCCGUACAAGUAUAGGGCAGUUGCAAUGGUAGAAGAGAAGAAGAUUGGAGCAGCCAUCUCUGAGAUCAACAAGAUCAUCGGGUUCAAGGUCUCCCCUGACUGCAUUGAGUUACGUGCUUGGUUCAAUAUUGCCAUUGAGGAUUAUGAGGGAGCUUUAAGAGACAUUAGGGCACUCUUGACUUUGGACCCAAAUUACAUGAUGUAUCAUGGACAGGUUCAUGGGGACUCCGUGAUCGGGCUCCUUUGCCAGCAUGUUCAACAGUGGAGCCAGGCUGAUUGCUGGAUGCAACUUUAUGACAGAUGGUCCUCUGUUGAUGAUAUUGGCUCUCUGGCUGUUGUACACCAGAUGCUGGCCAAUGACCCUGGGAAAAGCCUUCUACGAUUUCGGCAGUCCCUCCUUCUUCUAAGGUUAAAUUGCCAAAAGGCUGCAAUGUGCAGUUUGCGUUUGGCUAGAAAUCAUUCUAGUUCUGAGCAUGAAAGGCUUGUCUAUGAAGGAUGGAUUUUAUACGACACAGGUCAUCGUGAAGAAGCAUUAGCUAAGGCGGAGGAGUCCAUUUCCAUUCAAAGAUCGUUUGAAGCAUUUUUUCUUAAAGCAUAUGCUUUAGCCGACACUAGCCUAGAUACUGAAUCGUCAUCCUACGUCGUUCAACUUCUAGAGGAAGCUCUUAGAUGCCCUUCUGAUGGUCUUCGGAAAGGACAAGCAUUAAAUAAUCUAGGGAGUGUCUACGUAGACUGUGAUAAGCUGGAUCUUGCUGCAGACUGCUACUUGAAUGCUCUUAACAUAAGGCAUACACGAGCACAUCAAGGCUUGGCACGUGUUUAUCAUCUCAAGAACCAAAGAAAGGCUGCCUAUGAUGAGAUGACAAAACUGAUAGAGAAGGCUCGAAACAAUGCAUCAGCAUAUGAGAAACGUUCAGAAUACUGUGACCGUGACAUGGCAAGGAAUGAUCUCAGUACAGCAACACAAUUAGACCCCCUGCGGACUUACCCCUACAGAUAUAGGGCAGCAGUGCUGAUGGAUGACCACAAAGAAGCUGAAGCCAUUGCGGAGCUUACAAAGGCCAUAGCUUUCAAGCCAGAUCUGCAGCUUCUUCAUCUUCGAGCUGCAUUUCAUGAUUCGAUGGGUGACGCUACAUCCUCUUUGCAAGACUGUGAGGCAGCUCUCUGCCUUGAUCCCAGCCACACAGACACGCUCGAACUCUAUAAUAAAGCGCAGGAACGAACUACUGAUCAACAGGAUAAAAAGUGAUUAAGCAAGAUGGAUUUUCCAAAUUUUUUGUCACUACUGUUGAAGCCAACAGUUAUCACCUCAUACCUCUCUGGUUUUGGGAUUCUGGACUAUUACCUCUAAAAGCAACCAAGUGCAGAUUUAUCAUGACCGUGAGGAGGAAAGUGGAAGAAGAGAAUGAGAAGAAAGAGGAGCUGAGAGUAUUAUGUAUAUAUUCAUACCCCGAUUAUGAAAUUAGAUUUGGUUAUAGCACAGGGUACAACUGCUGCCCAUUAGACUGCUCCAUUGUUAGAGGGUGCUGUCAAAAAAGGAGGAAAAGAAAGAAAUUGUGUACAUUAUGAAAUGAAAGCUUGUGAUGAAUUGUGUGUCCAGUUGUAAUGUUCACUUUUCUUGUAACAUUUCUUUCACCUUAUAUAGUUCUCUUUCACAAGUUUUCCUCAUAAAAGAUGGCAUAAUGUUUUCC